ACGCCGCCCACAGCUGCAUGGGCGAGGAUAUCCGGCUGAGCCUGAAGACUGGCCUGUCAGUGGCUGCCAGGGAUUGCAGGACCGGGAAGAUGAUCGGGGUGCAAGUGAGUGUCUUGCUUGGCAGAGAGCAUCCUCAGAGACCCGCUCAACCUACUGCUGAGCUGGAACAAUUUUACUACGCCUUGGACAAUGUUUUAGACGAGUUGUUCAAGGAAAAGGCAGACAUGUGCCUCAUCAUGCUGCCCGUGAGCGUCCAUAAGGGCUGGAGUGCUCAUGCCAUUGAAGACAAGAUGAUUGUGAUGAGCAUGGAAGCAGGCUACUCACAGGGUGCCCAAACAGCCUGCACUUGCACCAACAACGCUCUCCAUAGGAACACGUUCGCAGACCUUGGUUACGAGACGAAGUAUACGCUGGAAGACUACAACCCGAGCAAGGAUAUCAAGACGGAUCUGUCUGAGAUGCAUGGUGAGCACGCCGCUCACCUCAUGGUUAAGGGAAUGCCGUGAGAAUCUGACCAAGUUCUACCAUGAAAUAAUUUCUUUGAA